AAAUUUAUUUGAUUAGCACUUCCUGGACAGGCUUCAAACACUCUGUUCCCCCUUCCCCGUAUCCCUCUCACCCUCCCUCCCAUAACUGGUUGCCCUUGUCGUUUUCUCCUAAGACAGCGAGCUCUCACUUUCUCCCAGACUUUGAACAAGGAAGAAAAGAUCCCUCACACUGUUUUAUUGCCUCAGUUUCUGAGCUCUGCUGCUUUUUGAAACUACCUUGCGUUUCACUGCACCAGUGUCAUUCCCCCAAUAAGGGACUAGACGUUUCAUCACCUGGCAUUCAGUAUACAAACUCACAAUGAAUGCAUUCCAGCCAUGGCUACCUUGCAUCUUUUUCAUCCUACUGAUGAAGCUGUCCAAUCAGCUUGAAGACAACAAGAUUCCUAGUCUGUGCUCCGGACAGCCUGGUAUUCCGGGCUCUCCUGGGGUGCACGGCAGUCCUGGUCAGCCUGGGAGAGAUGGGCGAGAUGGGAGAGAUAGUGCACCUGGAGAGAAGGGUGAAAAAGGAGUGAGGGGGGAACCAGGGGUGUCCGGUGAGAGGGGUGCUGCAGGCGACCAGGGGGAUCCAGGAGUGAGAGGGGAGAAGGGGCAGCCGGGGGAAUGUGCUGUCGCCCCAAAAUCUGCCUUCAGUGCAAAGAUGUCUGAGGGGCGUAGCACGCAAAUCGUGGGCGAGGCGGUGUGCUUUGAUCAGGUGCUGCUGAACGAACAGGGGGAUUACAAUGCCGAAACCGGGCGCUUCACCUGCAGGGUGCCCGGCGUGUACUACUUCACCGUCCAUGCCACCGUGUACCGCACCAGCCUGCAGUUCGAUCUGGUGAAGAACGGCCACACGGUCGCCUCCUACUUCCAGUUUUAUGGGAACUGGCCCAAGCCGGCUUCUCUGUCUGGGGGCUCCCUGCUGCAUCUGGUGCCAGGGGACACAGUCUGGAUGCAGAUGGCCUUAAGUGAAUACAACGGCCUCUACUCCAGCCCCAAAACCGACAGCACGUUCACUGGCUUCCUCAUUUACUCAGACUGGAAGAACUCGGCUGUCUUCGUUGAACCUGCUGGAGAUAUCCCGCGGAUCAGAGCCGGUCCUGACCCCCCUGGAGCCCUAAGCAAAAUUCUGCUAAGGGGCCCUCCUACCUGACCCGUGAGCCAUGUAAACUAUUUUCCAUUGCCACACAGUCCCACCUGACACCCCAGUGCUCCCACUACAGUCCUCUCUCCUUUAAAACAGUUUGCUCUAUCUGUCAGUCUAAGAAUAAGAAUAUUUAAUCAGUAGUCAAUGUCAAUCCAUUGCUUUCCAUCUUCCAUUAGUCCAGAGUUGUAACUGAACCUUGACUGAGAGACUAGAUAAUCAUUGUCUUGUUUUAAAAUUAUGUGCGCCUAUGAGGAGUGCUAUCACGCCCAUAUAUUGUCUGGACUGAACCCCACAGAGGUUGCUGCUGGAAAGCGCGAGUUUAAUUUCGUGCAUGCGCAUAUGUACGCAUGUUCACGCGCAAUGCGGUUAUCUUUUCUGAGCUGCAGUUUAUAAACACAGUUGCCCGUUGGCGUUUAUCAGACGUAAUAAUGAAGCAUUAUAAAACGGGUAGCUCAAUUCAAGCAAUCUGAUUGGUUCAUAGCCGUGGUAUAUUAACCAUACCACGUAUGACGUCUAAUUCCUUUGCACAAUUCAGUAUCACUCUGCGUCUGAGGGAAAAAAAAAAAACGUUUUAAAAAAUCUAAAUCUAAAUUGGAGUGUGUCUAUUACUUUCAUAUUUCCAUACUUGGUGACCGUUUUAUAAAAGCAACAGCUCACUUCAAGCCGUAAUUAAUUAAUUAUAAAGGGACAGCUUUUGUUACCCUCCUCUUUUCAAUGUCCAAUUUCGCGAUUGAUGGCAAUGUUGAAUCACGUUUGUAGGCCAGUUACUGGCUUCAUUUAGGAAUGCCAACCAUACCGCAAAAUACACAAUCGUCCUUUAUUUUUACAGUAGAAUAGACGUUCCGUAUUUAAGUCAUGGCUACGGGGCG